GUACCUGAAGACGGUCUUCGAGCACCCCAAGUCGGUAAUGAACCACCCCACUUCGUUCCUCUCUUCCCAUCCCACUCUCCACUAGUGCCAUCUUACCAGCACCUCUCUCUCUCUCUCUCUCUCUCUCUCUCUCUCUCAGGGAGGCAGACGCGGAGUUAUUAGGAGGAUUUCUCACUCGUUGAGAUCUCUCUCUCUCUCUCUCUCUAUAAUUGCUUUAUACCGACAAGGAGUGGGAGGGAGAGAGGGGGAAGCGAUCCGAUCUUUCAGCAGAUCUUGGGUUCCCCUGUUGCUUUUCCGUUGGGCUUGAUCGGAUCCGACCCGAUCCGGUGAGGGCGAUGGGACACGUGAACCUACCGCCGGGGCGUCGCGGGCCGGGGGGCCGGCAGUGGACGCUUCUCGACCUCGUCUCCGCCGCCUUCUUCGCCGCCGUGCUCGUCUUCUUCGUCCUUGUAUUCACCUCCCUCGGCGACUCCCUCGCCGCCUCAGGCCGUCGCGCCCUCGCCCGCUCCUCCACCGACGAUCCCCGCCAGCGGCAGCGCAUCCUCGCCCUCCUCGACCCUCCUUCCUCCGCCGCCGGUCGAACCGUCGUCAUCGACGCCUGCUCGGCUGAGGAGGUGGACAACAUGCCGUGCGAGGACCCCCGCCGGAACAGCCAGUUGAGCAGGGAGAUGAACUUCUACCGCGAGCGCCACUGCCCGCCGCCGGAGGAGAUGCCGCUCUGCCUCGUCCCUCCGCCCAAGGGGUACCGGAUUCCCGUCUCGUGGCCCGAGAGCCUCCACAAGAUAUGGCAUGAUAACAUGCCAUAUGACAAAAUUGCAGAGAGGAAAGGCCAUCAGGGUUGGAUGAAGGAAGAAGGCCCAUAUUUUAUUUUUCCAGGUGGUGGCACUAUGUUCCCUGAUGGAGCUGAACAGUAUAUUGCAAAGCUUGGGCAAUUUAUCCCUAUAAACAAAGGCCUUCUAAGGACGGCUUUGGACAUGGGAUGUGGGGUGGCGAGCUUUGGUGGUUUCCUCCUUAAGGAGAAUAUCAUGACCAUUUCAUUUGCUCCAAGGGACUCGCAUAAAUCCCAGAUACAGUUUGCAUUAGAACGAGGGGUGCCUGCAUUUGUUGCCAUGCUGGGCACUCGGCGACUGCCAUUCCCUGCAUACUCAUUUGACCUUGUUCAUUGUUCACGGUGUUUGAUUCCCUUUACUGCCCAUAAUGGAACUUAUCUUAUCGAAGUGGAUCGUUUGCUUCGACCAGAAGGAUACCUAGUAAUAUCAGGUCCACCCGUGCAAUGGGCUAAACAGGACAAGGAGUGGGCUGAUCUUCAGGCCAUGGCUCAUGCGUUCUGUUAUGAACUUAUUGCUGUAGAUGGUAAUACUGCAAUCUGGAAGAAGCCUUCUGGUGCUUCUUGUCUUCCUAACCUAGGCAAUUUUAGGCUUGAUCAGUGCAGUGAUAAUGAUGACCCGAACGAAGCAUGGUAUGUUAAGUUAAAAAAGUGUGUCAGUAAAGUCCCCCUUUCAUCAGAAACAUCUAUUGGAUCCAUUCCUAAAUGGCCAAAGAGGCUGUCGAAGCCACCUGCAAGGGUCUCAUUAAUGAAAAAUGGAAUUGACGUAUUUGACGCUGACACAAGGCGCUGGGCAAGACGAGUUGCAUACUAUAAGAAAUCACUUGGUGUGAAGCUAGGGUCUCCACAGAUACGCAAUGUUAUGGACAUGAAUGCUUUCUUUGGAGGCUUCGCAGCAUCUCUAAGUUCUGAGCUGGUCUGGGUCAUGAAUGUUGUCCCCGCUAGAAAGCCAUUAACUCUUGGUAUUAUUUAUGAUAGAGGUCUUGUUGGAGUAUAUCAUGACUGGUGUGAAGCUUUCUCCACUUACCCAAGAACCUAUGAUCUCAUUCAUGUGGCUGGAAUUAACUCUUUGAUAAGAGAUACUUCAGGCAAGAACAGGUGUAGCUUGGUUGAUUUGAUGGUGGAGAUGGAUCGCAUGUUACGUCCAGAAGGAACUGCUGUGGUGAGAGACUCACCAGAAGUCAUAGAUAAGGCCGCACACAUAGCUCGUGCAAUCCGGUGGACUGUCCAUGUGCACGAGAGUGAGCCAGAAUCGCGUGCCGGCGAGAAGAUUCUGGUGGCAACCAAAACAUUUUGGACGUUGCCUGCAACCUCCAGUUGAUAUGCUAAAGAUGAUCGGUUUUUCCCUUUAAUUUUCAUUUUUGUGGAUCAGGGAGGGGAGAAGCAAAUGUAGCUAUUCGAGUAAUGAUGUUAGGAGAUGCAAUUAGCUCCAUUUACAUAUUGUUUAUGUUCCGCAUUGUAAGAUGAACCAAGUAGCAAUUCAAGUUUCGCUCAUUUCUAUUUUUUUUUCUC